AUGAGCGAGCGCAAGGCUGCCGGUACCACGGCCAUGGCGUCGGGUGCCAUGGAUGCCAAGGGAGGCGGAAACAAGGUGGUGGAGCGAAGCAGGCUGGCUGCCAAAGGCGAUGCGGUCGAGCGCGUCAAGGAUAAGGAUCGCAAUGCGGCUGGAGGCGCAGGCAAGAAUCCCAAGAAGAGACGCAAGGUUAACCACGCUUGCGUGUAUUGUCGCAGAUCUGAGCGGCCGUGUACCAGAUGCAUAAAGAGGAAUAUUGGUCAUCUCUGCCACGAUGAGCCCCGCGAAUCGGAGCCAAAGAAAAAGACGGCCUCCGCCAAAACCGCCUCAACAGCGUCCGUAGAUGACUCCGACACCAUGUCACCGUCUGAUUUGGGCCACAGCUCCCUCUCCAGCGCCAUGGGCCCACCCCCAGCUUUCGAUGGCGCCAGGCAGAGGGCAAAUUCGGGCAUUGGGGCUGGAGGCGUUCUUGGACAAGGCAAUCCAUUGUCUCUUGUGCAACCCGACGCUUCGUCGGGCUUGCAAUCCAGCGCGCUGAACAGCAAUGGUAACGCGAAUCAAUCUAACAGUGAAGCAGUUGCGGGCUUCUCGGAUGCUUGGCUUACGGCGCAGAAUUACCACGAUAUGAAUACCUAUAACCCCAAUUAUAUGAUUGGACCCGAGGUCACUCACGAGUUCAAUCUACUCAACGACUUUCUGCACAGCAGCCUCCUCGAUGAGAGCAACCUUGCCUCCAAUGAAGCUCAGAAUAGCGCAGCCUUUAAUCGGCCAGGAGCGGCGUCAGAGAUGCUUGGUGGCUUCAGCAGUAACAACAACGAUUUAGCAGCAAGCGGCUCCCUACAGGCACAGCAUAUGCGAGGAUCCAUGCUACCUCCCCCCAAUGUUGACGAUAAGACGGUGACGAGGUCUAAUAAGGACAAGACACGAGAAUACUACCUUCAGGCUGCCGACCCUUCUGGAAAUGACAACCCAGAAGAGCGCAUGUCUCGCGUGCUCAAGGCCAAGUACGAUGCCGGCUUACUCAAACCUUUCAAUUACAUCAAUGGCUAUGCAAAGUUGGGCAAAUACUUGGACGGUCAUAUCGCGCCCUCUUCGAAACAAAAGAUUUUGCGAACAAUCAACCAGUUUCGUCCCAAAUUUAGAGAAAAGGCACAGGGUUUGACAGACAUGCAGCUUGUUACGCUCGGACGAGAAAAGGGCGACUUAUUGGACUUGGGCGACUUACCCGUAAUCAAGGCUUUUGAAACUGCGAAUCUCGCCCUCUACCAGAUUGCAGAGUUAUUUCUCGUCAUUAGCAUGCCUUUCGAGGAUAUUACCUCCGUUGCGAGGAUAAGAAAAGUCCGCUCAUUCAUUGACUUUGCAGCCACCCUCCAAUCUCAACUCUCUAAUCCCCUUGACGCUGGACAUAUCGAAUUACUCAUCGCGGACACGGGCCAUCAUAUUCAGCAGAUUCACAAUGCAACCCAACCAGGCUCAAGCGGCCCUCUGCCCCCAGAUUUGGCCAAGGAUGCCGAACGAAAAGGGCGCAAUCUGUGGAAUCUUUGCGUAAAAUUGAGAAGAGAACAUGAUGCGGCUAAACCAGCGGAGAGCACCAAGCUGAUUGUCAAGGCUCGGUCUUUUGCCUUUCAGAUGCUGGAAUUGGGCCGAAGUGCAGGCAGAGCCAAGAAGGACAACCAGUCUGAGGCUGUGUAUCUCAUGAAUCUGGCCUUGGCAUUAGGCAAGAUUUGUAUCGAUGAAUUAGAUUGGGAUUUGGCUAGGUUGGCGCUGCAGAAAGCUGCGGAGCUGAUGGAACACCUGAAAGCAAUCCCUUUUGACUCUUUGGAUCCCAUUGGACAGAAUGAACGGGUGAAGCUUGACGCAGAAUAUUUGACAAUGAGGACAGCUAUGUCUUGGAAAGAAGAUAGGCUUGACGUUGCAGAGCACAUGUUUGGAAAAAUUGAUCUUCUUCGACCAGCACUCGAUGUUAGCUCUGCAGAGCUUAUAGCUGAUACGUUUCAGCACAUUGGAUAUGGUCUUGCUUCAAAAGGAGACUACGGUAUGGCUGUGAAAUGGUUAAAGCGCGCCUACGAUCUUAUAAGUCGCCAAGCGUUAGAUCAGCUCUCGAUCAAAGGGCUGGAGUUGCGAUUGGCCAUUUGCCAGGGACUUGUACGCGGGCUUCUAGACAUCGGUUCACAGGAGUGUGUUCAAGAAGCCAAUAGACUGAUUGAAUACAUCGAGUCAGAGGUUGGAAACAAGCCGCUAGUACUGCACUGGCGCCUUGAGCUUCUCCAGAAAGCUCCGGGAGAAGUUUUCGACAUCGAAGCUUACUUUAGUAUACUACAUCGAAUGGUUCGUUCUUUCGACCACUCUGAUGCGUCUUUCGCCUUUCUUUUGCAUCAUAUCAAGAAUUUGAGAGACAGAAACCAUCGUCUAGCGCGCGGUCUAUUGGAUGAACUUUUGCUGCGGCACGUCAUUGCAUCAAAGAAUAGCGAUUGGGUGGGUAAAACUCUCGUGCGAAGGAUAUGGAUGAGUACAGUGGACGAUACAAAUGCUAUCUCAGCCCUGACUGAUCUUCACAAUCUACUAGACAAGGCUUGCGGUGGCCUUUCUGAGCCCCUAGAGCCUGACGUUGCUGGUGCAGCGCACUCUGUGAGUUGA